UGGCUGCACAGCUCUGUGUGUCGCUCUAUUUCUGACUCCAUUGCUGCGUGCCCCUCUCAGUCUGUCUUGCCCACAGUGAGUGUGAGUGUGAGUCUGUGGUGGUGUUUGUGUGACUCUCAUCGGAUUUACCAUUAACCAUCUGGAUCUUUUCACCGUUUCCAGGCCUGUUUUGAAGGUUGUGUGACUCUCUCUGCGCUCACGCACACACCACCACCGCCACUCUGAGACCACAUCUGGCUGACACCUCCCCCCAGCCCCCACCCCACACAUCCCUGAACCACCCUCCACCCCAGCCCCUGUGCAACCAUGGCACUGUCUUCACGCUUGAAACUAUGGGAGCAGAAGAUCCAAGAGGAGAACAAGCCGGUGGCCGCGGCCGUCCCUCCUCCGCCUCUGUCAGCGCUGCCGGGCGGCUUCCUCAAACAGCUGGUCAGAGACUCGGAGAAGGAAACCAAACAGAAAGAGCCGGAGGUCAAAGAGGAGAAGCCUCCAAGCAAACUGAGCGACAACCUGGUGCAACAGUUUCUCAUCCCAGAUCAGACUCCUCCGAUCCUCGAGGCCGAGAUGUCCCUCCGGGCCGAACAGCUGAUCAGCAACAGCAGACAAGGACCAAACUCGGCCCAGUCGGACGGCAGGUCCUCGUCUCAGAGGCAUACAGUCUCCCCUGACCCCGACAGCAAACAGCAAACCAGAAAUGAUGCGACACCAGAGCCACCAAGGCAGAAACACGACAGGAGGACGGAGAAGAAGAGCAAAGAGAUGCCGCAGGCCGAGCAGAAGACUGAGAGGAAGGAGGAGGUGAAGCAGGUGGAGACGAAAGAGGAGGGGAUGGAGGAGAGGCAGGAGCCCGAGGGAAGGCAAGCAGACACAGCUGUAACAGAGCAGGACAGGAGAGAGGUGAGGGACGUGUGGUACGAAGCUGGAACUGUGUGGUACGUCCAGAAGGAUGGUUUCACCCUCGCCACUCAGCUGAAGCCAGACGAAGGCACGCCUGAACUCCCAGAAGGCCGAGUGAGGGUCCGGCUGACAGACGGGUCGCUGCACGACGUCACAGAGUAUGAAAUUGAGAAGUGUAACCCGUCAGAGCUGGAUCUGUGUGAGGACCUGAGCGACCUGCAGAGCGUGAACGAGUGUGGAGUCCUGCACACGCUGACCAAUCGAGCUAAAGCCAACACGCCGCUGACGCACGCCGGACCCAACCUGGUCAGCCUGUGGCCUCCGAUACAGGCCCACAGCAAGACCCCAAAGUCUCGGCGAGGAGAGACGGUGUGGGACGCUCCUCCCUCUCUGGCCGCCUUGGUCAAACGGGUUUAUGUGUCCAUGGUUGGCACCAGGAGAGACCACUGUGUGUGCGCGGUGGGACGCAGCGGGACGGGAAAGACCACUGCGUGCCAGGCCUUCACACACACUCUCCUCAAACAAGCUGGUACAGCCGGAGGGAACAUGAGCGUGGAGCGCGUGCAGGCGAUGUUCACCGUCCUGAGGUCUUUUGGCUGUGUGAGCUCCCAGCACAGUGACGCCUCGUCUCGAUUCGCCAUGGUCUUCUCACUGGACUUUAACCACGCUGGACAGGCCGCUGCUGGACACCUGCAGACCAUGAUGUUGGACAAAUGGAAGGUGUGUCAGAAAACCUCAGGAGAGAGUAACUUCCUGGUCUUCUCUCAGAUGCUGGCGGGACUCAGCACCGAGAUGAGGACAGAACUGCAGCUGCACCAGUUUCCUGAGCACAACUCGUUUGGCAUCGUUAAUCCCACAAAGGUUGAGGAGAAGCAGCGUGCGUCCGUCGCCUUCACCAAGCUGCUGACUGCCAUGGAAACGCUGGGCUUCUCCGCCAGCGAGCAGAAGGCGAUAUGGCAUGUUCUGGCUGGUAUUUACCAUCUGGGAGCUGCAGGGGCCUGUAAAGUGGGCAGGAGGCAGUUUGUGAACUUUGACAGCGCUCAGGUGGCGAGCAGUGUGCUGGGAUGUGAGGGAGACGAGCUGCACACCGCCGUGUUCAAACACCACCUCCGACAGCUGCUGCAGAGAGCCACCGGGGGCAGCAGAGAGAGGAACGCUGGUGCUGAGCCUGAGGAGGGUCCCAGGUUGACGGCGGCUCAGUGUGUUGAUGGGAUGGCUGCAGGACUCUACGAAGAACUCUUCACUGCCAUAGUCUCGCUCAUCAACAGGGCCCUGAGCAGUCAGCAGCUGACGCUCGCCUCCGUGAUGGUCAUGGACGCUCCGGGCCUGAGGAACCCGAGACACUCAGCAGAGGAGCGAGCGGCCGGCUGGUCCGAGCUCUGCCACAACUACCUGCAGGAGAGGCUGCUGGAGCACUACCACACACACACCUUCAGACACACGCUGGAGAGAUACGCACAGGAGAAGAUCCCGGUGGAGUUUGAGUGUCCGGAGAGCAGCCCGGCCGAGGUGGUGUCUGCCAUCGACCAGCCGCCUCCACAGGUGCGGGCGGCAGAUGGAGACCCCCGAGGUCUGUUAUGGGUUCUGGAUGAGGAGAUGGUGACACCAGCCUCCAGUGAGAACAACACCCUGAGGAGAGUCUGCCAGUAUUACAGCAGCACUGUGCGUCAGUGCGAGCAGCCCCUGCAGUGUGAGGUGAACCACCUGACGGGCUGUGACCCGAUCCGCUACGACCUGACCGGAUGGUUCGGUCUGAUCCAGAACAACCCGUCGGCUCUGAACGCCGUCUGUCUGCUGCAGAACUCCACCGUAGGGGCGGUUAAGGCCAUGUUUACCCCCAGAAUCUCUCUGCCCCCUCUGUGCCGAGGUCUGGGGGGUUUGGAGGGCAGCAGCCAGCGCUCUCUGCAGAGGAACGGCACCAUUAGGAAAACGUUCAGCGGGGGGAUGGCAGCCAUACGCAGACACUCCCAGUGUAUCGCGGUGAAGCUACAGGCAGAUGCUCUGGUGAACCUGAUUCGUCGAGCCCGGCCCGUGUUCCUGCAGUGUGUGAGCACAAAGAGCGACAGCGGAAGCUUCGACAUCCCGGCUCUGAGAGUCCAGCUGCACUCCACGCAGAUCCUGUCGGCCCUGCAGCUGUACCGCACAGGUUAUCCUGAGCACAUGACUUUGAGUGACUUCAGGUGUCAUUUCCAGGCGUUGUCUCCUCCGAUUAUGAAACGUUACGCUUCAAUGUUCGUCAGCCACGAUGAGAGAAAGGCCGUGGAGGAGCUGCUGGUGGAGCUGGAUCUGGACAGGAGGAGCAUCGUCGUGGGUCCCAGCAGGGUGUUUAUGAAGCGAGGUGUGCUGCGCUACCUGGAGCAGCAGCGGGACCAGCAGGUCACCGGCUGGUUGGUCUAUCUACAGGCCGCCUGCAUGGGACACCUGGCCCGUCAGAGGUACCGCAAACUCAAGGUGCAGCAGAUGGCGGUCAGCUGUCUGCAGAGGAACCUGCGGGCUCUGAGGGUCGUGGCCAAGUGGAGCUGGUGGAAACUUUUCUGUCGAGUUCGUCCUCUGCUCGACGUUAACAUGGACAACGAGAAGCUCAGGGCCAAAGAGGACGAGGUUUCAGCUCUGAGACGACGCCUGGAGAAAUCAGAGAAGGAGAGGAAUGAGCUGAGGCAGACUGCAGACAGCCUGGAGACCAAGGUUACAGCUGUGACAUCGGAGCUAAGCGAUGAGCGUUUCCGUGGCGAUGCGGUGGGACAGGCUCUGGACGUGGAGAGGGCAGAGAGACUUCGACUCAGCAGGGAGAACAAAGACCUGCAGGCUCGUUUAGACCAGUGUAAAGUCGCCAUGGAAACACUGGAGAAGCAGCUGGAGGAGGAGAAGCAGAAAGCUCAGAUGGCGGAGAGUCAGAGAGGAGCAGGGACAGGUAAAGAACGAGGGACGCUGCUCACCUGUGCUUCAGAGGCAGAAGAAAGCGAGCUGGCCAUGCAGCUGGAGUGCUGCCAGACGGAGGUGGAAUUUGUCCGCAGACGACUGAAGCAGACGGAGGAAAAACUGGAGACGGAGAGACAGACCCGACAACAGCUCGAUACCAAGGUGGCGACGCUGCAGGCCCAGCUGGAACAGUCCAGGAGGAGUGUGACAGAACUGAAACGUCACUGUCGCCGCGUGACCUCUGACCUUCAGGACGCCCGAGUCCUCACCGACAGCCUGCAGAGCCGCAUGCACGAGCUGGAGCGCAAACAGAGAAGGUUUGACAGUGAGUUGACUCAGGCUCUGGAGGAAGCUGACAACGAGAGAGAGCAGAAGGACAAAGCCUUUCAGGAAAACACGGCUCUGGGGGCUGACGUAUACACUCUGCGCCGCAGCCUACAGGAGAGCCAGUCAGAGGUGGGUCGUCUGCAGAAGCAGAAGGAGGAGCUGUGCGCUCAGAUCCGCGACCUCAGCCUGCCGGUGGACCUGGCCUCGGAUUCACUGCCUGACCUCAAGAAACAGCUUCGCCUCCUGGAGAGUCAGGCCAGCGAGAGGGCGGAGGAAAUCACCAAGCUCACCGCCAACAUUCAGCAGCAGCAGCAGAUCCACAUGAGGUUUGAGAUGGAGAUGGAGAGGAUGAAGCAGAUCCAUCAGAAGGAGCUGGAGGAUAAAGAAGAGGAGCUGGAGGAUGUACACAAGUCCUCUCAGAGACGGCUGAGGCAGUUGGAGAUGCAGUUGGAGCAGGAGUAUGAGGAGAAGCAGAUGGUGAUUCAUGAGAAGCACGACUUGGAAGGACUCAUUGCAACUCUGUGUGACCAGGUGGGACACAGAGACUUUGAUGUGGAGAAGAAGCUGAGGAGAGACCUGAAGAGGACUCACGCCCUGUUGGCAGACGCCCAGCUGCUUCUCUCCACCGUCGACAGCUCAGGACAGAACCUGCCCAACGGCAGCAAAGAGCAGAUCGAGCGCCUGCACUGUCAGGUUGAGGAGAGCGAAGUGAGGCGUCUGGAGGCCGAGAGCAUUCAGACGACUCUCUCCCAGGAGCUGGAGAACACGCAGAUCGAACUGGAAAAUAUCUGCAAACAGAAGAGUGUGGUGGACGAGCAGUUAGCCCUGCUGCAGCAUGAGAAGGUGGACCUGCUGAAACGGCUCGAGGAGGACCAGGAAGACCUGAAUGAACUUAUGAAGAAGCACAAAGCGCUCAUUGCACAGUCCUCCAGUGACAUCUCUCAGAUCAGAGAGCUGCAGGCUGAACUGGAGGAAGUGAAGAAACAGAGACACUCUCUCCAGGAAGAGCUCCAGCAGUCAGUGUCGAGGGUGCAGUUCCUGGAGUCGUCCACUGUGGGGCGCAGCAUCGUCAGUAAACAGGAGGCACGUGUAUGUGACCUGGAAAAUAAACUGGAGUUUCAGAGAGGGCAGGUGAAGAGGUUUGAGGUGCUGGUGUUGCGUUUAAGGGACAGUGUGGUUCGUCUGGGAGAGGAGCUGGAGCAGAGCGCCCAGGCCGAAGCUCGGGAGAGAGAGAACGCCCGCUACUACCAGCAACGGCUGCAGGACAUGAGGCUGGAGGUGGAGGAGCUGACCCAGAGAGAGGAGGAGAGCGGCCGCCGACGCAUGGAGCUGGAAAUGCAAGUGGAGGAGCUCGCCGCUGUCAGGCAGACGUUACAGGCCGACCUGGAGACGUCCAUCCGCCGCAUCGUGGACCUGCAGGCCGCCCUGGAGGAAGUGGAGUCGAGUGAUGAGAGCGACACUGAAAGUGUUCAGACUGCUGUGGAGUCCCUUACUCGAAAGAGAGACCUUGACUCGGUGUCCAGCGUCGGCUCUAUCGGGACAGAGGACGUUGGAGAGGGGAUCCGUCGCUGGUUAGGAGUCCCAAGAGGAGGAUCGCGUGGCGGCGGCUCUCCCUACAGCAGCCAAGGAGGACGCAACUCUGUCGCCGACACCAUGAGCACCUACAGCUUCCGUUCUUGCGUGGAUCCUGAUGACGAAGGCUCUGAGGCUGGAGGAGCUGAUACCAGAAGUCUCGGCCGAGCCCCGUCCUCCUCAGCCCUGUCUGAACUGCUGGACGGGCUUCGUAAGCGCAGAGCCGGCGGUAACGCAGGAGACGGAACGGGCAGUGCCGUCUCCCUCCCAAUUUAUCAAACAACUGGAGCCUCGACUCUAAGACGAAGACCUUCAGCCCUCUCUUUGGGCCCAGAAGACCUCCAGGAGCCCCGGCCUGGCCCCAGCAUCCUCAAACCAUCGUCCCCUCUCCUGCCACGUGCUGCCAGUACUCGCUCCAUCACCGACUCUCAGGCAUCUGCAGGUGCCUCUACAGCUGCAGUCAAACUCUCUCGCUUCAACUCAAGCGACUCCAUAUCUUCUCUUCCCUCGCUGCCUCGCCUCUCCUCAUUGGCUUCAUCCCUUGCUGCUCGCCAUCACCCCCCCUCCCUGUCCAUCCCUGAGGAGGACCCAGAGGAAGCCCUCCGCUCCGUGACGACUCCCAUCCAGCGCUCCCCUAAGCCACUAAGGCGGUGCAUGCUGGGAAGUCUUGUCACAGAAGAUGGAGGUGAAGGCUCUCUGGGUUCAGAACCCAUAGUCUUCCAAAAUCGUCGUCUGACCGGGGACAGCGGCCGAGACGACGCAGCCUCUGACAUCCUGCCUGCCAUUCGGAGAGCUCAGUCCACCAGCAGCCUGGCCAGCUCAGUCAGAGGAGGCAGGAGGGCGCUGAGCGUCCACUUUGGAGAGCUGCCACCUUCCACCCGCAGCAGGAGAAGCUCUGAAACUGAGUCGUCCAGCUCAGGUGGAUCCGGAGGAAGUUCCCAGGGCGGGGGGCCAAGACAUAGGUUAAAAAGGCCACAGGGAGAGAGACUGGAGGCAGAGGGCAGCGAGGGGGGAGACGUGGCCUCAGUCAUGAAAAGAUACCUGAAGAAGGAGAUUGACUGAACCAGCCUCCCUGUGUGUCCACAUCCAGCUGUGAGCUUCACAGAAAGGCUGAGGUCUGCAGUCAGAGCCGAAUGUUACGCUUCAGAAGUCAACGAUGCUUCUUUUGACUCCACAUUGAUAUUAAAGCCACCUGAAAAUACAUUUGUUCAUCUGUAUUUUCAGAUAAGCACUGUUUGUAAAUGAAUAAAACAAAAUGAAAAGAA